UUUUUCCGGGUUUUAAGGGGAAUUUAGAAUUUUGAGAUAAUGGGCUGCAAUCUUUAUGUUUUUACAAUGAACCCAAUUAUGGUUUUCAAAAUAUAGUGUUUUUUUUUUCAUCUGCUGGGGUGGAGCUAGGUGGGGCUGAGGGGUGGAAACUUUCAUUGUUUAUAUAUGGUUAACAUUAUUUCUUAUGUAUAUGUAGUAGAUAUUAAACCCCUUUUGUUUUUUUCGUGUGUUUAGUUGGAGUUGGCUUAUAGUUAAGUGUAAAGUUAUGCUUAUUUUUGUUGAGGAGGAUGUGUUGAACUGAUUAAGCUGGAAAGUUGCGUUGCAUUGAUAACUUGAUCGGAGUAUCUGUUUGUCUGAAAGGUGAAGUGGGAAGAUCUAUAGGGAUGAUUUGGUUGGUUCUGUUGUUGUUAUUAUCACAAGGGAAUGGGAAAGGAGGAGUGGAAGCUUCUGAUUACUUAAUUGGGCUUGGAAGCUAUGAUAUAACUGGUCCGGCUGCUGAUGUCAACAUGAUGGGAUAUGCUAACAUGGAACAGAUUGUGUCGGGUGUUCACUUCAGGUUGCGAGCUCGUACCUUCAUUGUAGCUGAACCUCAAGGGAAGCGUGUUGUUUUCGUGAACCUUGAUGCUUGCAUGGCCUCACAGAUUGUAACUAUCAAAGUUCUUGAGAGAUUGAAGGCUAGGUAUGGGAAUCUUUACACCGAAAAAAAUGUUGCUAUUAGUGGCAUUCACACCCAUGCUGGCCCUGGUGGUUAUCUACAAUACGUAGUAUAUAUCGUAACAUCUCUUGGUUUUGUCCGUCAAUCAUUUGAUGCUGUAGUUAAUGGGAUUGAGCAAAGUAUUAUACAAGCUCAUGAAAACCUCCGACCUGGAUCAAUAUUUGUCAAUAAAGGGGAGCUACUGGAUGCUGGUGUGAAUCGUAGCCCUAGUGCUUAUUUGAAUAAUCCUGCUGGAGAACGUGGUAAAUAUAAGUACAAUGUUGACAAAGAAAUGACCCUUCUAAAGUUUAGUGAUGAUGAAUGGGGACCAGUAGGCAGCUUUAAUUGGUUUGCAACUCAUGGAACUUCUAUGAGUCGAACUAACUCUUUGAUUAGUGGGGACAACAAAGGAGCUGCUGCACGGUUUAUGGAAGACUGGUAUGAUCAGAGAAAUACUGAACCGUCAAAGUUUAAUGUAUCUAAAGCAAGUGAACUUCCCCGAAGAGUCUCAAACAUCAUACCAUCUGUUCGUGGGAAGCAUCAUGAGCUACUAGAAAUUGCUGCUUCUUUCCAGUCUUCUCCAGGUAAGCCAGUCACAAGGUUAAUGAGCGUGGCCAGACGUGUCAGAAGUGCCUUAAGGUUGGCUGAUCGGCCAAAAUUUGUUUCUGCUUUUUGUCAAUCCAACUGUGGUGAUGUAAGUCCCAAUGUGCUCGGUACAUUCUGCAUAGACACAGGGCUUCCUUGUGAUUUCAAUCAUAGUACGUGCGGUGGAAAGAACGAGUUAUGUUAUGGUCGAGGACCAGGAUAUCCCGAUGAAUUUGAGAGUACGCGCAUCAUUGGAGAGAGACAAUUUAAAAAAGCUGUUGAACUUUUCGAUACAGCAACAGAGCAAGUAAAGGGCAAGAUUGAUUUUCGCCACACCUAUGUAGACUUCUCCAAUCUUGAGGUAACAGUUACAAAAGAGGGUGGUAGUACUGAAACGGUUAAAACCUGUCCUGCUGCAAUGGGAUUUGCAUUUGCUGCCGGUACAACUGAUGGACCCGGAGCAUUUGAUUUUAAGCAGGGCGAUGACCAGGGAAAUGCAUUUUGGAGGUUGGUGCGAAACUUGCUUAAAACACCAAGUGCUGAACAAAACAAGUGUCAACAUCCCAAGCCCAUUUUGCUUGAUACUGGUGAAAUGAAGGUGCCAUAUGAUUGGGCACCUUCAAUACUUCCUCUGCAGAUUGUAAGAAUAGGGCAGCUGGUCAUUCUCAGCGUACCUGGAGAAUUCACUACAAUGGCAGGUAGACGCCUACGAGAUGCUGUGAAGACGGUGCUCACGAGUGGGGGUACCAAGGAGUUUGGUAGCAAUAUUCAUGUUGUGCUAGCUGGAUUGACUAAUACAUAUUCACAAUACAUAACCACCUUUGAGGAGUACGAGAUACAGAGAUAUGAGGGUGCCUCUACUCUGUAUGGUCCACAUACACUUAGCGCUUACAUCCAACAGUUCAAGACGCUAGCGUCUGCUCUUAUCACAGGAAAGACCUUGCAAGCAGGUCCUCAACCCCCUGAUUUGCUAGAAAAACAGAUAAGUUUGUUGACACCGGUUGUAAUGGAUGCCACACCACUUGGUUCCAAAUUUGGUGACUUAAUCACCGAUGUUCCACAAAGUUCGACUUUCAAGAGGGGUGACCUUGUCUCGGUUGUUUUCUGGUCAGCAUGCCCCAGAAAUGACCUCAUGACUGAAGGUACAUUUGCUCUCGUCGAGAUUCUUCAAGGAAAGGACACUUGGGUUCCUGCUUAUGAUGACGAUGACUUCUGUCUUCGGUUUAUAUGGUCAAGACCUGCUAAACUCAGCACUCGGAGUGAGGCAACGAUCGAGUGGAGGAUACCAGAGUUAGCUGCUUCAGGUGUAUAUAGAAUCAGACAUUUUGGUGCUGCAAAGGCUCUUUUGGGUUCAGUUAAGCAUUUUGAAGGUUCAUCUAGUGCUUUUGUUGUUGCCUGAAAAGAACCUUGAUGAGUUCUAUACUCAUCCCAGAUUAUGUUGUUUUCUAAAUCGUCUCGAUAAAUGUAGGGUAAGACUACGUGCAAUAGCUUUAUGGUUCGGUCCUUCCCCGAACCCAUGCAUAGCAGAGCUUAGUACAUUGGGCUGUCCUACGUAUAUACCUAAAUUGAUGAAGUGCAAGGUCUUGUUUAUAUGUGUGUUAUUUAUAAAAAUGUUAUUUCCACUAUCUCA